UCAUUCAGGUGCUUUCUCAGCCAGCACCACUGAUGCCUCUUGCUCCUGGAUUAUAAAAGAACUGAAAGAAAGGAAAGACUGUUUGUAGGAUAUUCACAUUGCUGUUACUAGUACUAAGUGGGAAGCAGGCAGAUCAGUUGCAGCAUUAGGGGUCCUGGGCAGCUCAGUUUAAUAUCUAGGGACCCUUUGGAGACUUUGAAAGCUAUUUGCAAGCAAUAGCCUUCUUGGCGCAGAGAUGGCCAGCGGAGGUCUGCAGCUGCUGGGAUUCGUGCUUGCUUUCAUAGGCUGGAUCGGCACCAUCAUCAGCGCAGCCCUGCCCCAGUGGAAAAUGUCCUCUUAUGCUGGGGACAACAUUGUGACAGCUCAAGCGAUCUACGAGGGCCUGUGGAUGUCGUGCGUCAUGCAGAGCACGGGGCAGAUGCAGUGCAAGGUGUAUGAUUCCCUGCUCAAACUGGAGGGCAGUCUGCAGGCUACCCGGGCACUGAUGGUGGCUGGCAUACUCCUGGGACUCAUUGCCAUAUUUGUUGCUGUGACUGGCAUGAAAUGCAUGAAAUGCAUGGAGGAUGAUGAGGUGAAGAAGAUGAGGAUGGCUGUCUUUGGGGGCGUGAUCUUCCUUAUUGCAGGUUUUGCUGUCUUGGUAGCCACAUCCUGGUAUGGACACCGAGUGGCUCGGGACUUCUACAACCCUUUCACCCCCGUCAACACCAGAUUUGAAUUUGGACAGGCCCUCUUCAUUGGCUGGGCAGCUGCUUCUCUCACCAUUUUGGGAGGUGCCUUCCUCUGCUGCUCCUGUCCACGAAGAGAAACUUCCUACCCACCCACCCGUGCCUACCCAAAGAGUGCCCCCUCAGCAGGAAAGGAUUAUGUAUAAUCGAGACGGAGGAGGAGCCACCUGUGUCGGAGACGAAGCUCAUUAAAGAGAGGAUGCGGAGACUAGAUCGGAGCGGAGUUCGGACCUUCCGCAUACUGCCUUCCUUUUAUUACAGCAAACGUGUCUAUUUUUAUAAUCCUCUUCAUUACUGGACAUGAAUCCUCCUUUUCUUCAUUACUGGACAUGAAUCCUCCUUUCUCUCCCAUCCCAAAGAGGAACACUAGCCUUGUUCAUAGAUAUUCUCAUUGGAAAGGUGCAGCCUUCAAGCUUGUGUUAAUCUUCAUCCUGCAGCUCAUUGGGAGAAAAAGGGAAAGUGAUACUUUUUUCAGACAAAUAUUUGUGCUUUAUAUAAAAAAAAAAUUAGCUAGUAACAAUUCAGCCCCUUGAUCCCAUUAAGCUGGAGUCCAGUGUGGUGUAUAUAUUUUUUUCUAGACAAAGUGAUAGAAGUAGUGUUAGAAGAAAUAUCCCGACCUAGGGGAAAGACCUGACCCACAGUACCUGUUUUAAGAGGGUCUAAUAAGGUCUUAUGGUUUUGCUAUGGCUUCCUAUUUUAUCCCUCGUUCUUGUAUGUACAGAUCAGCACACCAAAGAUUGUAGAAUCACAAAAUUUAGCAAACCCCAAAGGUGUACUGCAGAUUUUUCCUGAUGUUAUUUACCCUAAAUCUGACUUUGCUCAGUUUGACGCCCCUUACUCUUACCCAUUACUACUACACACAAACACAUACAGAUGUGUGCAUGUGCGCACAUGCAUACACACACACACACACAUGCCAGUGAACACCACCUUAAACAAUUCCUCUACUCCUUGAAGUUUGCUCCUUUCAAAUAUUAGUUACCAGUUAUUAUAUCCAAUCCACCACCCACCUCCUUAGUCAUCUCUGAGCUGAGUUGUACGUUCUUUUCUCAGAAUCCAUCUCCUUCACUUUUUUGUCAUUUUCUUCUCUAAAGUUCCCUGUCCCCAAACUGUCAGUUCUGGGAGUGAGGUGGCAAGAACGAUUCACUGUAUUCCAGGUACGUUCUCUCCGGUGUUGCACAGAGGGAUUAGCACCUCGUCAAUCUAUGACAUGAUGCCUCUCCAGAUGCAGCACAUGAUGGUACUGAUUUGUGUUUCAGUGCCACCCUGCAAACGCCGAUCCAAGCUGCUGUCCUCUAUCACCUGUAGGCUUCUUUCAGCAUGGCUGCUUUCUGAGUAGUCUGCUUUCUGUUUCCUUCCGUUUAAUUGUCUGCCAACUAUUCCCCAGCUGGAUUCAUUUGCAAAUUUCUAGGUUGGUUAAUUCAUUUUUAAAGUCUUGCUCUUACUCCUAACCUCUCUGGAUUGCUUUCUGUUACUUCUCUGGCCUCGCUGCUGUUUGCAACUCUCCCUGACUUAGCAUCCCCCCGUCAGUGAAUUAGCCUCUUCUUCCAAGUCAUUCAUAAAUAUGUCGAACCAAACUGAGCCCGGGGCCAGUCCCUGAGAGAUUCCCCUGGGAUAGCUCCCACAGACAUACACCUUGCUCAAGACACUGCCAUUUUUACCCUGGAUUGUUUUCCUCUAGACGGAUCCAGCCCAUAUCCCAAGUCCCAAAGUUUUGAAUCCAAGCUCACCAAAGAGAGCUCCAGAAGCCUGAAGUCCAGGCAGUCAUUACAAGCAGGCACAUCUGAGGAAAGCAACUCCUGGGAAAAGCUUCAUUCACCUUCUCUGUAGCAGUUGGUGCUGGCCACUGUCCGAGACACGAUACUGGACUAGGUGGCCCUGCUCUGAUCCAGCCUGGGAAUUCCCCAAAAGGGCCAAGGCAGUUCAGUCUGAAACACAAACUCAGUCGGAAAGGAAAGAAGCCAGUGGCUUCUAUAUACAGGCUAAUCAUUUGGCAUAUGUUCAGAGGCAGUCAAAUUGCUUGACAUCCUGGUGUGAAUAGGGGCAGUCCCGGGGUUGAAAUAGGUAAGAAGUAUUGGUGGGAUAUUUGAUCAUUGUGACCCAGGGUUAACCUGACAGACACCUGUACUCCAAGGAACACUGCAAUAAUACAGCCCCUCGGUCAACUCCGGGUUUAAGUCAGUGCUGGGCCCAGUCCUGCAACCCACCCACACUUACAACUUCCAGGGGGGUCGCGUGACUGCCUGAGAAGUCCCUGGUUUGACAAGUCAGCAGCAGAGCUCAGUUCUUGUGUAUUCAGGUCUGACCCGGAGCAGGGGGAACAGACUUUUCCAUGGCGAACUUGUAUAAAGUGUUAAACAAUGUUUUCAAUAAAUGGUUGUUUUUUU